AUGAAGCCGCCCGGCAGCAACUCCAGGCGGCCGUCCCUGGCCGGCUGCAGCCUUGCCGGCGCCUCCUGCGGCCCCGGCGGCGGCCCCGCCAGCCCGGUGCCGGCCCGCGCGCCGCCCUGCCGCCUGCUCCUCGUCCUUCUCCUGCUGCCUCCGCUCGCCUCCUCGUCCCGGCCCCGCGCCUGGGGGGCUGCUGCACCUAGCGCUCCGCAUUGGAAUGAAACUGCAGAAAAAAAUUUGGGAGUCCUGGCAGUUGAAGACAAUCCAGUGCAACAGAAUAGCAGCAGUAAUAUCAGUUACAGCAAUGCAAUGCAGAAGGAAAUCACACUGCCUUCAAGACUUGUAUAUUACAUCAACCAAGACUCGGAAAGCCCUUAUCAUGUUCUUGACACAAAGGCAAGACACCAACAAAAACAUAAUAAGGCCAUCCAUCUGGCCCAGGCAAGUUUCCAGAUUGAAGCCUUCGGCUCCAAAUUCAUUCUUGACCUCAUACUGAAUAAUGGUUUGUUGUCUUCUGAUUAUGUGGAGAUUCACUACGAAAAUGGGAAACCACAGUACUCUAAGGGUGGAGAGCACUGUUACUACCAUGGAAGCAUCAGAGGCGUCAAGGACUCCAGGGUGGCUCUGUCUACCUGCAAUGGACUUCAUGGUAUGUUUGAAGAUCAUGACUUUGUGUACAUGAUAGAGCCAUUGGAGCUGAUUCACGAAGAGAAAAACACAGGUCGACCACAUAUAAUCCAGAAAACCUUGGCGGGACAAUAUUCUAAGCAAGUGAAGAAUCUCACUGUGGAAGGUGGCGAGCAGUGGCCAUUGCUGUCUGAAUUACAGUGGCUGAAAAGAAGGAAGAGAGCGGUGACUUAUAAGAAGCAUCGCUCUUCUCAUGCACAUACCAACAACUUUGCAAAGUCUGUGGUCAACCUUGUGGAUUCUAUUUACAAGGAGCAGCUCAACACCAGGGUUGUCCUGGUGGCUGUCGAGACCUGGACUGAGAAGGAUCAUAUUGACAUCACCACCAAUCCUGUGCAGAUGCUCCAUGAAUUCUCCAGAUACCGGCAGCGUAUCAAGCAGCACGCUGAUGCUGUGCACCUCAUCUCGCGGGUGACAUUCCACUAUAAGAGAAGCAGUCUGAGUUACUUUGGAGGUGUCUGUUCUCGCACAAGAGGAGUUGGUGUGAAUGAGUAUGGUCUUCCAAUGGCAGUGGCACAAGUAUUAUCGCAGAGCCUGGCUCAAAACCUUGGAAUCCAAUGGGAACCUUCUAGCAGAAAGCCAAAAUGUGACUGCACAGAAUCCUGGGGUGGCUGCAUCAUGGAGGAAACAGGGGUAUCUCAUUCCCGAAAAUUCUCCAAGUGCAGCAUUUUGGAGUAUAGAGACUUUUUACAAAGAGGAGGUGGAGCCUGCCUUUUCAACAGGCCAACAAAGCUCUUUGAGCCCACAGAAUGUGGCAAUGGAUAUGUAGAAGCUGGGGAGGAGUGCGAUUGUGGCUUCCAUGUGGAAUGUUACGGGCUGUGCUGUAAGAAAUGCUCUCUCUCCAAUGGGGCUCACUGCAGCGACGGGCCCUGCUGUAACAACACCUCGUGUCUUUUUCAACCACGAGGGUACGAAUGUCGGGAUGCUGUGAAUGGGUGUGAUAUUACUGAAUAUUGUACUGGAGACUCUGGCCAGUGCCCACCAAAUCUUCAUAAACAAGAUGGAUAUGCAUGCAAUCAAAAUCAGGGUCGCUGCUACAACGGCGAGUGUAAGACCAGGGACAACCAGUGUCAGUACAUCUGGGGAACAAAGGCUGCAGGGUCUGACAAGUUCUGCUAUGAAAAGCUGAAUACAGAAGGCACCGAGAAGGGAAACUGCGGGAAGGACGGAGACCGGUGGAUCCAGUGCAGCAAACAUGAUGUGUUCUGUGGAUUUUUACUCUGUACCAAUCUUACUCGAGCACCACGUAUUGGUCAACUUCAGGGUGAGAUCAUCCCAACCUCUUUCUACCAUCAAGGCCGGGUGAUCGACUGCAGUGGUGCUCAUGUAGUUUUAGAUGAUGAUACAGAUGUGGGCUAUGUAGAAGAUGGAACGCCAUGUGGCCCAUCCAUGAUGUGUUUAGAUCGGAAGUGCCUACAGAUUCAAGCCCUAAACAUGAGCAGCUGCCCACUCGAUUCCAAGGGUAAAGUCUGUUCAGGCCACGGGGUGUGUAGUAAUGAAGCCACCUGCAUCUGUGAUUUCACCUGGGCAGGGACAGAUUGCAGUAUCCGGGAUCCAGUUAGGAACCCUCACCCACCCAAGGAUGAAGGACCCAAGGGUCCUAGUGCCACCAAUCUCAUAAUAGGCUCCAUCGCUGGUGCCAUCCUGGUAGCGGCUAUUGUCCUUGGGGGCACAGGCUGGGGAUUUAAAAAUGUCAAGAAGAGGAGGUUCGAUCCUACUCAGCAAGGUGCCAUCUGA